CAUCUGUGUUCAUUAAAAUGAAGAAACCUGCUGCUGCCAUCCGUGAUGCCAAUGCAGCCCUACAGAUCAACCCUGACUCUGCAAAAGGCUACAAGACUCGUGGAAUGGCUAACUCUAUGCUGGGCAAGUGGGAGGAAGCUGCUCGUGAUCUGCAUGCCGCAUCAAACAUUGAUUACGAUGAUGAGAUCAGAACUACCCUCAAGAAGGUGGAGCCUAAUGUACACAAGAUAGUGGAGCACCGCAGGAAGUAUGACAGGCUCUGGAAAGAGAGGAAUGACAAGAAAGCUGAGCGUGACCGGCUUCGUCGACGUGCUGACUGCUGAGGCACAGGCUGCUUAUGAGAAGGCAAAGAGGAGCGAGCAAUCACCAACUGGAGGCAUGCCUGGUGGUUUCCCUGGCGGUGGUAUGCCUGGAGGAAUGCAUGGUGACUUUCUUGGAACUGCCAAGAGGCUGCUGUGUUCCACAGCAUCAGCUGAAUACAUAUCUGAGGUCCUCGAUGACGACAAUAUAAGUUCCUCACAAGUGCCAGCAACACCGCUGGACAGUGAUGACCUGCUGGAGAUGAUCAUCCUCCACCUCCCUCUUCAGCCGUCCUCCCUCCCCCGCGCCUCCCUUGUCUGCAAGCGCUGGCACAGCCUCCUCUCCGAUCAGAAUUUCACAGCAUGCUACCGCAAACACCACCGGAAGGCUCCUCUGUUGGGCUUCUUUGCUGGGUUUGAUGAAACGAGCCUCAACUUCGUUCCUUUCCCUGACACGGAAUCCAACAGCAUCCCCAUCCCCACCGAGCGCUUUGCCGUGCCCGAGAGCAGCAGACACUCCUACUUCUGGAGCUUCUUGGGCUGCCGCCAUGGGCUCGCUGUCCUGCUCAAUGAGAGCCUGCGCAAGGUAGUCGUGUGGGACCCCCUGACCGGACAGCAGCACCGCGUGUCUUUUCCACAGGAGCUCUCCAACGAAAUCUUCGACGAAGACGGUGAGUUCAUACUCUGGCAGUGGCACGCCGCGGUGCUGUGUGCUGAUACCGAGGAGGGGCACAUUCAUGGCGAUUGUUUCUCGAGCCCGUUUAAGUUGGUGAUUAUCCGCAGCGGACAGUCAGAAGGAUAUUUCAGUACUCUACCGACAUAUGCCUGCCUCUACGAUUCAGCGUCUGGUGGGUGGGGAGAUGUUGUCUCGACGGACGCUAGAGACUUGAUUCUAACGACGAGCUCUAGCAUUCUCACUGGAAAUGCAUUUUAUUGGUUAUUUCAGAGAGGUGAUAUCCUGGUAUUUGAUAUUGAACGGCAGAGCCUUGGUUUGAUUAAGAAGCCAGCAUGCGCCCCUCGUCCAAACCACUCAAACUUCCAGCUGUUACGGACAGAUAAUGGUAGUGGUCUUGGCUUGGCAGUAAUGUCAAACUCGAGCAUCCAACUGUGGGAAAGGAAAUCAAACUAUGAUGGCGUUGUUGAAUGGGUGCUGCUUCAGAAAAACUUUCAAUUGGAGAGGCUCUAUCAGAAGGGAAUGCGUAGCAAGCUCCAAGAGGAAUAUCUGGUGGGAUAUGAGGCAGAUCUGGUGGGAUACGAUGAGGAAUCAAAUGCACUUGUUCUGGCUAUGGAUUUUGGCGUGUUCAUGCUUGAACUUGACUCGAUGCAGUUCAGAACUCUUUCUAAAAGCUCACGUUGGGGUACCAAGAUCCACUAUCCAUACAGAAAUUUCUUUACUGCAGGUAAGGGUGUUGGCUGGAGACGGGCUGUUCUGGACCUGUGAACACAUUAGAUCUGCAAAUAAUGUGCUAUGUUGGUUGAACAGGUAUCCAGAUUUCAAUAGGAGUUGCUACGACACUGUCCGCUGACAUGGUUGCCGUUGAAAUUAACCCUAUGUGUAGUAGUAGUAUGUGGUUGUAAAUGCUUCUGGGUCUAAGCAAAGCUCUUUUGGUAAAGGGAAGCAUAACAAGACGAGAACUUAUUCUGCAUCCUACGCACUCUCUGUGUUUUCCAUAACGUUUGCCAAUUUCGGCGUUCUAUAUCCUGCUAGUUAUAUCAGAAUGUUGAAUUUGAAUCAGAUUCUGAAUUGUCAUUGUUAUUGAACA